GAGUGACGUAAUUAAUAUUUACAAAUUAUUGUGAAUCAUCACCGAAUUGUCGAAUCAGCUGUUGUUGUUUUUACUUCAGCGACAGACUGUUUACUUAGAUACAGUAUUAUUUUAUCACAUAUUCCCAACACGAAUUGAAUGUCGUGUUGGACAAUAUGUGAGGCCGCAUAUCACUUCACCCAUUUACGAUGAGAAUUAGAGCUUAUUCAAGAUACUUCAGACAAAAUCCACUUGCAACACUACUUAUCUUUGGAAGUCUAAUCGUUGUGUUGUUGAACGAAUGUAUUAUUUACCACCUGAAGUACUCCCAAUGGAAUAAGUUAUACUGUCAUUCUGACGAAUGUACACGUAUCCUUCUAGUAGCCGAUCCGCAAAUUUUGGGAGAAACAUUCGACAGAAACGUUUACAAUGGGUUGGCUGUACAAGAUAGUGAUAGGUUUCUCAGGAAAACAUUUCGGCUCGCCUUGAGACACACAGAUCCUCACGUUAUAGUAUUCAUGGGCGAUCUUAUGGACGAAGGUAGUGUUGCCAAACCGGACGAAUUUCAGCGUUAUGUUGAUAGAUUUAAGGAUGUUUUUUACGUGCCAAGUGAAGAGAUUACGUUGAUGCACAUAUCAGGCGACAAUGACGUUGGUGGUGAAACUGCCGACGAUUCUGUGACGGUGGAUAAAGUGAAACGGUUUCGGGAAGCUUUCGACGAACAGGGAUACGUAGAUGUUAAGAAUCGCUUACGACUAUUCAACAUCAAUCAAUUCACGCAUUACUAUCCAAAUGUGACCAAAAAGGAUACACCCGCCGCUUAUUACAGGGUCGUUGUGACGCAUCUUUCAUUGCUUUCAUUCCCGGGACUAACUACAGAGAAGGUCAAUCGCGACAUCCAACCGAAUGUAAUUUUCUCCGCUCAUCAACACUCGUCCAGAAUUAUAACCUAUCCACCGAUUCGCAUUAGGAAUUUCAAUCAAGACUCGUCGCCGAUUUCAUUUGACUUGCCGGUGGUGAGUGGAAACAAUCAUCUGGAAAUAAUGGUUCCCACCUGCUCGUAUCGCAUGGGUUCGCCGGAAAUGGGAUACGGAUAUGGUAUUAUUGAAAAUAAUCGACUUCAAUACACUGUCUUGUGGCUACCGAAUCGGUUUACAUAUCUCUACGUAUAUCUGGCCUGGAUAAGUAUUUGUAUUUUAGUUUCGGUCAUUUACUUGAUUGGACGAAAGUGCAAACGACACAGUCGUACGAAAUUAAAUAUUCAUCACAUUUCAUAAAGGAAACAGGAAACAGGAUUUUUUUU